AUGUGCGCGAUUUUUCGAGACGAGUGCUUCCGUCGUUGAACUAAUUUAAAGAAGGCAAAUACAUCUAUAAUAAACAAACCAAAUAAGGGCUAUUCGCCAUAUUUGUAGAAACAUUCCAAGCACAAACAACAAAUGAUUAAAUAAUAAGCUGACAUGGAUAUCCCGUCACAAGCUACAAAAUGUGCAGAGAGCGAUACAAAAUCGCAGGAACGUGAAGCUAAAAUAGCGAGAUGGCGAAAUAUAAUUGCCUUUUGGUUGCUCGGACUGUGCAACAAUUAUGGCUACGUUGUGAUGCUGAGCGCCGCACACGACAUUCUGGAAGCGAAAUUCAGCGACCAUAAGCACACAGAGACAGCGGUCGUUAACGCAACCAUAGCGGAUCCUACGUCACGUCAAUGCAACGCAGUAUCGACGGGAGCUAUUUUGCUGGCAGAUAUAUUGCCUUCUUUGACUAUCAAACUAUUAGCACCAUUUUUGCCAUUUUUUGUCAACGUCCGGAUGGCCACGUGUGUGGGAUUAUCGAUACUGAGCUUCCUGGCAGUUUCGUUUGGCCAGGUCCAAUGGGUGACGAUAAUGGGGGUCGUGUUGACGUCUCUUUCCUCAGGAUUCGGUGAGGCAACGAUAAUAAGUCUCGGUCAUAAGUACGGAAGGGAUGGAAUAGCGGCGUGGUCAUCCGGCACCGGGGGUGCUGGGAUAGUCGGUGCAUUUUCUUACGCCGCUCUGAGGGUCGUGAUGUCAACCGAACAAGCACUUCUGGUCAUGCUCGUCGUACCGGUUGCCCAGGCUGCUGCGUUUUGGCUUGUCAUGAUCGAACCCCACGAGAGUACUUUAGUGGCGAAGUACGCUCUCGAGAGUCAAGAAGAAAUAAUAAAAGCUCCUAACAAAACUCUCCGUGAGAAAUUCGCCCUGGUACCGACGGUCAUCAAAUACAUCGUGCCACUCGGGCUCGUUUAUCUUUUCGAGUAUUUCAUCAAUCAGGGAUUGUACGAGUUGAUCCAAUUCGAUAAUAUUUGGUUGACGCACGAAGACCAAUAUCGAUGGCUCCAAGCAGACUAUCAAAUCGGAGUUUUUAUUUCACGCUCCUCCGCUGGAUUCGUCACGUUCAAACGAAUUUGGCUCAUGGCUCUUUUCCAGUUUAUCAACGUCAUUCUCUUCCUGACCGAGAGCAUUUUCUAUUAUAUUCCAAACAUCUGGAUCGUUUUUAUCCUCGUUCUGUGGGAAGGUCUUCUCGGCGGUGGUGCUUACGUUAAUACGUUCUACAAAAUGACAGACGAGGUACCAUCGAACGAUCUCAAAGUCUCACUGGGAAUCGUGAGCAUGUCCGACUCGUUGGGAAUUGCUUUGUCUGGAUGGAUAUCGAUAGUGGCGCACACAGCAAUAUGCAAAUUACCGAAAUCAGUUCGAUGAUGUUAACGAAAAAUGUCCUUCGUAGCUCUGGAUUUGCGAAUUGUAUAGAUGGACGAUCGACUGCCUUCGGGUCGCACGGGACCGCCAACUUCGACGGUAAAUCAACGGAAAAGACAAAAUAAAAAACAAACGAAAAAAUAACACAAAAAUGAUAAUGUACAUGAAUUAAUGCAAUUGUAGAAAAAUUAGUAAAUUAUCUUUCAUAGUACAAAUGGAAAAAUUAUGAAAAAGAAAUGAACGAAAUCGGAGUUACAUUCUGAAAAGAUGCAAACCGCAUGAAAAAAUAUCUUGGCGAACUUCAAAAACGGUCAACUGUGAAAGCAAAAUUAAAAUAAAAAAUAUUUUUCUAUUCAAUCACUGAAUUCGGCCGUAGAAAAGAGUGUGAAUAAAAUUCUUGACUUCAUCUUUCUCCGAACGAAAAUAUAUUCGUUUACCAAAAGCCAAAAUAAUCGAAGAAACUUGCAACUGAAAUUUGCAUUACAAAAUUCUUAACAUAUCGUCGAAUCAUGUAGAAAUAAGUUCUUCAAUAUUUCAAAAUACUUAGUAUAAGUGGUUUGUACAUAUUACAAAAAUGACAAUACAGUACAGAAUAAUAGGCCCGACUUGUGCGAUGAUUGUUGAAAUUAUGAAAAUGUUGGAAUUUCAGAAAAUUUUUUUUCUCGUUUAUUUCUUAGAUCGAUUUCGUACGAUUUACUUGCAAAUAUUUCUUUCACACUUCGCGUUUUUUCACUCUCGAAAAUUUAUUUUUCUACCACCUUAGCCUGAUAUGUAAAAAAAUGUCUGCGCAUUUUCUGUCCUUUCGUAUUUUUCUUUGCUCGAACACUGCAUAGAAUUUUCUCGAUUUCGCAUUUUAAUUGUCUUUCAUAGGAACCUCGUUGAUUAUUAUUAAAUUAAUAUUAAUAUUGUUGUUAUUAUUAGUAUUAUUGUUGUCGUUAAUUGUAUUAGCGUAAUAAUUAUUUGGAAAUUAGUUGUA